UUUUUCAUUUUUUUCUCCAUCUCUCAUCCAAAACAAAGAGUUUCGUUUCUUUUUUUUUUCAGAUCAAUUAAAAUGGAAAGAUCAGAUAUGGAGAUGAUAAACAAGAUGGCUAGUUGUUUGAUUCUUCUAUCAAAGAAUCAUCAAAACGACACCAAAAGCCGUGUUUUUGCGUGCAAGACAUGCAACAAAGAGUUCCCGUCGUUUCAAGCCUUGGGAGGCCAUCGAGCCAGCCACAGGCGAUCGGCAGCACUUGAAGGCCACGCACCUCCUUCUCCCAAGAGAGUCAAACCGGUGAAACACGAGUGUCCCAUAUGUGGUGCUGAGUUCGCCGUAGGGCAAGCCUUGGGUGGUCACAUGAGGAAGCAUAGAGGUGGAGCAGGAGGAGGAGGUGGCCGGAGUUUGGCUCCUGCUACGGCGCCGGUGACGAUGAAGAAGUCUGGCGGUGGUAAUGGAAAGAGGGUUUUGUGUUUGGAUUUGAACUUGACGCCUUUAGAGAACGAAGAUUUGAAGUUGGAGCUUGGGAGGUUGAUUUUCUAAUUUUGUUCUUUUUUCUUUUUUUGGGAGGUAUACUUGUGUAGAGUAAGUUUAUUUCAUGUAAUACUUUUAUUUCUUUAGACGUUUCAGUAAUUUUUGUAUAAAAACUUUAUGGUAUACCAUCAUGUAUAGAUACAUAUUGUCGAGUUAUAUAUUAUUUUUUAAGAACUAAUAUAUAGGGUCUGUUUUAGUAAUAAUCAUUUUGUUGAAUUC